CAGCAAAAAGCAAUAUAUUACAGUAAUUACAUUACUUUUGUAACUCGUUACUCCCAACACUGGCGGUGGAAUGCCCAUCUGUUAUCUAUGUGGAGUAGAAGGCCACACCAAGCCUAUGUGUCCUAAAAACACAGCAAAGUCCAACAAUAUGUGUGUUGUGCCACGACCUGGUGUGGAUUCAGUUCACGUUAAUGAUCAAGAUGCCAAGAUGAUUGAUGUUGAAGUUAACGGGACUGCUCUUAGAGCCUUAAUUGAUACUGGGAGUGGACAGACGCUUGUACACAGGAAAUUUGUGCCGCCUUAUAUUGGCAGUACCAAAGAUGCUGUGCCCAUUUGCUGUGUGCAUGGAGACGAGAAGUGUUAUUCCACAGCCGAGAUGUACAUUAAAUUUGAUGAUCAAACCUAUCUGUUGAAUAUUGUGGUUGCUGAUAAUUUGCCCUACCCUGUUGUACUAGGGCGUGACCUCCCAGUGUUGCUGGAUCUGUUGGAGCCAGACAAGAACCUGAAAUGUUGUGCUGCUGUCACUAGAGGACAAGCUAAGAAGUCGAACGAGCACCAGGAGAUUCACAGCACCCUGCCAUUUUACAACUAUGAGUUGGAGACAAAACCCGGGGAAGUCUCGUAAGACUCGUAGGCAGAGAAGACUGGAAAAAUGUCUUCAUACUGUUGUGAAAGUUCCAACUAAUGGGAACCGUUACAUGCUAGUCAUAACAGACUAUGCGACCAAGUACCCAGAAGUUUUCCCAUUGAAGUCUAUAAAAGCAAGAUCGGUUGCCUUUUGUCUGGUACAGUUCUUCUCUAGAAUGGGUUUUCCCAUCACCUGUAUCAUCAGUAAGAACCAAUAACACUACAUCAGCUUACUUUCCACUACAAAGGGGUACUCGCCAGGGCUGUCCCCUCAGCCCUUUAUUAUUUGACCUAGCUAUAGAACCUUUAGCUAUUGCUCUAAGAGCAAAUAAUGACUUUUCAGGAAUUAUGCGAGAUGGGAUCAGUCAUAAAGUGUCACUGUACGCUGAUGAUCUUGUUUUAUAUAUUUCAGAACCAGAAAAGACUAUUCCUAUAAUUUUGGAGAUUCUGCAUUUAUUUGGUACCCUAUCAGGAUACAAGCUGAACCUAAACAAAAGUCUUAUUUUCCCUGUGAAUCAGCUAGCAAUUGAUACUGACUAUGAUCAUCUCCCAUUUCAGGUGGAAUCUACUUCGUUCACCUAUCUGGGGGUACAGAUCACACGCACCUUCAAGGCCUUGUUAAAAAAUAACUUUAACCCCCUAAUGGAACGCACUAAACAGGACCUGACCCGAUGGUCGACUCUCCCUAUUUCUCUUGCUGGUCGGAUUAACUCUGUCAAAAUUUCCCGAGCGCCGCCAAUGUAGCAGGCAGCUCACUGCGCCGGGAUUAGUGUGUGCUUCACCUCACUGUGUGUUCACUGUGUGCUGUUUGUGUUUCACUAAUUCACUGAUUGGGUUAAAUGCAGAGACCAAAUUUCCCCCACGGGAUCAAAAAAGUAUAUAUACUUAUACUUAUACUUAAAGUGACAGUACUUACUAGAUUUUUAUAUCUCUUCCGUAUGAUUCCAAUAUUUCUACCUAAAUCCUUUUUUAAGAAACUUGACAAAAUUAUAUCAGCUUUUAUUUGGAAUAACAAAAUAGCACGAAUCAACAAAGCCCAUUUACAGGGUUCAAGGAAAAUAGGAGGUUUGGCAUUGCCAAAUUUCCUACACUACUAUUGGUCAUCAAACAUUACAAAACUACCCAUUUGGCUCUCUACCUUUCAAUCUGGUGAAGGUCCUACAUGGGCUACUAUGGAGCUGCAUUCUAGCCUUCCUAUCUCACCUGUAUCUCUCAUCAGUUCCACUCUCCCAAUGAAUUUAAAAAGCUGUGCUAAGAACCCAGUAGUCCACAACACAAUACGAAUUUGGUUUCAAUGUAGGCAGCACUUUGAUUGUAAACAAACACUGACGUCUAUUUCUAUAACAUCAAAUCCCCUGUUUCUCCCAUCACAAAUUGAUUCAGCGUUCACAUUCUGGAGGAGGCAGGGCAUACGGUUUUUCAGAGAUCUCUUUAUUGAUAACAUUUUCAUGUCAUUUGACACAUUAGUCAGGAACUUUAACAUCCCUCAAACUCAGUUUUUCAGAUACCUACAAGUGAGAAACUUUACCAAGAUAAAUUUCCGUACAUUUCCUCAUCUCCCACCAGAUUCCCACUUAGCAGGAUGCCUACACGUCACAGGAAACCUAAAAGGUCAUAUCUCCAGAGUAUAUGACAUAAUUCAACAGAUUAACCCCCCAUCACUAAUCAGGAGGAAAACUGCAUGGGAAGAGGACCUUAGUGUUGACAUCCCAGAAGCCACCUGGGAUGAAGCCAUUAGCAGGUCUAUCAAUUGCUGGGAAUCAGGAGCCUGAGAACAACGCCAUACCACCCACAAACCGACGGGCUGACAGAACGCUUCAAUAGUCCUGUAGUCCUUGUGCCGAAAAAAGACGGCAGCAUAAGAUUCUGCAUCGACUUCAGGUAUCUCAACUCCGUUUCCCAAUUCGAUUCUUAUCCGACACCAAGGAUUGAUGACCUGUUAGAACGUUUAGGAAAAGCAAAAUUCUUAACUACCAUUUAUCUUUGUAAGGGUUACUGGCAGGUCCCUCUGACUCAGCGGUCCCGGGACCUAACAGCUUUCCGGACUCCGUGGGGGCUGUUUCAGUUCACUGUAUUACCAUCGGGCUCCAUGGGGCCGCAACCAGUUUUCAGAGGCUAAUGGACCAGGUGCUCUGUGAUUUUUCUGAUUUCGCAGCUGCAUAUUUAGAUGAUAUAGUCCUUCACAGUGAUAGCUGGGACCAGCACCUGGAACAUCUGAGCCUUGUCCUGGGUCGUCUCCGCUCUGCUGGGCUGACUGUCAAUCCAUCCAAGUGUGUCUUUGCAGCAUCCGAGACGGAGUACCUGGGCCAUAUAGUGGGGAACGGGUCAAUACGACCACAGGUCAGCAAGGUCCAAGCCAUAGGGUCAUGUCCUUUACCACAGACAAGGAAGCAGCUCCGCUCUUUUCUUGGUAUGGCUGGCUUCUACCACCGCUUCAUCCCUCAGUUCUCCACCAGGGCAGCGCUUCUCACCGACAUGACGGGAACCCGGAACCCAAAUCAGAUCCAAUGGACGGAGGAAGCGGUGGCAGCGUUUCAUGAUCUCCGCCAGUCACUGAAGAGUUCACGUUGGAGACAGAUCAUAAGGCGCUCCAGUGGAUGGAGAAGAUGAAGGAUGCCAAUGGAAGAAUCACCCGAUGGUACCUGGCUCUCCAACCGUUCCGCUUCAGCAUCCAGCACAUCCCAGGCAAAGAGAACCUGACAGCUGACUACCUCUCUCGCAGUACCAGCGAGAGUCCUAAAGGGGAGCGGGGGUGUGAUGGCCACAGCCACACAUGGUAACACAAGCCCUCACUUUACAAAUGCACAUUAUUAGUUUCUUUUGGUACAUCAUGAAUUUGCUGCACAUUUUAUUGUUUGCAGUCACAUGUGCUAUUCUAUUCAAAUAACUCACUCAACAUUUUGUUUCAUUUAUUUACUUUAUUAGUUUUUGUACUUUAGCCUUACAUUGUUUUAUAUGGGUGCACACAUUUUAACAAUGUAAGGUUAUAUAAGUUGUUUGUUGCUAAUCAUGUGUUUCUUUUGUCUUGAGUUACCUGGGCUGAGCGUUGGGGGCGUUCCCUUCCUGGUUGGGCAAAGGCGUGGCUGAGGGCUGAGGGGACCUAAGUCUGGGUACCGACCGAAUUUGGCCUUAGUUACUUUGCUCUGUGUUAUGAUUUAAGUCUAUGUAUUUAGUGUAUCCACUUUUUGUGUCCUUUGGUUUGGCCAAGCCGAUAUACAUGUUCCCUUUUGUUUCAUUGUGUCAGGUCAGUUUUUUGUUCAGUCUACGUCACGUCAGUUGUGUCUUUAGUGUCAUUAUACUUUUGGUUGACCUCUUUUAUAGGCCUAAUUAUCAGUUUGUAGACUUUGUCAGUUUUGAUCAUUUUUUGGGUAAUAAAAACCCUCCAUUUUGAACCAAA